GGCCGAAUCCGGGCGAGCCGAGCACCGACUGCAGCCCCUUUUGAAUGUGUCUCUCCGUCUGCCUCCCUGGGAAGUCAGAUCGAGGCUGGAGUUCCAUUGGAACCCUGCGCUGCAUUCCUUUCCAUUCAUGCUGGGCAGCAGCGGCGGCGGCGGCGGCAGAAAAGCAAGUGGAGCGCGGAGCCCGGAGUUGCAGCGCGGGGGUUGUUCGGUGUGGAAUGUAAUCAUGGCAGGCGCCUCCGAAGCAAGCUCCGAUUCAAGCUGACUGAGCAGGAUGCCGGCACCCACAAUGUCCUGAAUGUGGAGACUGGUGGAAGAAGAGGAGACAUUAGUCCACAGACAGCUCCUUUCCCUUCUCCACUGCCUUCUGUUUUGCUUCAUUUUUUUCCAGUGGAUAGGUUAAUGCACAACCAUUGCUGGAUGUGAUUCUUUCGCCAUGUGGCUCCUGAGACUAAAGCACCAUUUGUCGGUCAAUAUCUGGACCUUGCUGCUUCUGGGGAGUGCUUGGCUGCCAUUGGAAGAAGGCACUCCCAAGUCCAACUCUCCCUUUAGGACUUUCCAGGUCACCGACUGGAGUUUGACACACUUGGUGGUCCACAACAAAACUGGGGAGGUGUAUGUGGGUGCUGUCAACCGGAUCUAUAAGCUUGCAGACGAUCUGACACUGAUGCGUACUCAUGUCACGGGGCCCGUGGAUGACAAUGAGAAGUGCUACCCACCGCCUAGUGUGCAGUCUUGUCCACAUGGGCUAGUCAGCACCAACAAUGUCAACAAGUUGCUGCUGGUGGAUUAUUCUGGGAAUCGACUGAUAGCCUGUGGCAGUGCUUCUCAGGGCAUUUGCCAGUUUCUGCGCUUGGACGACCUUUUCAAGUUGGGUGAGCCCCAUCAUCGCAAGGAGCACUACCUCUCCAGUGUCAAUGAGUCAGGAACUAUGUCAGGCGUCAUCAUUGAAGUCCCAAAUGGGCAAAACAAGCUCUUCAUUGGAACACCCAUUGAUGGCAAGUCUGAGUACUUCCCUACCCUGUCCAGCCGUAAACUGAUGGCCAGUGAAGAGAAUGCAGAGAUGUUUGGCUUUGUUUAUCAGGAUGAGUUUGUCUCAUCCCAGCUCAAGAUUCCUUCAGACACACUGUCCAAGUUCCCCACAUUUGAUAUCUACUACAUCUAUAGCUUCAGCAGUGAGCAGUUUGUCUAUUACCUGACCUUGCAACUAGACACCCAGCUUACCUCGCCUGACUCCACUGGGGAGCAGUUUUUCACCUCCAAGGUCGUUCGGCUGUGUGUAGAUGAUCCCAAGUUCUACUCAUAUGUGGAAUUCCCCAUUGGUUGUAUUCGUGAUGGCAUUGAAUAUCGCCUGAUUCAGGACGCUUACCUAAGUAAGCCCGGAAAGGCACUGGCCAAGCAGUUGGGUAUCUCAGAGCAGGAGGAUAUCCUCUUCACAAUCUUCUCUCAGGGCCAGAAGAACAGGGUGAAGCCACCAAAGGAAUCUGUCCUUUGCCUCUUCACACUGAAGAAGAUCAAAGACAAGAUCAAGGAGCGCAUCCAGUCUUGCUAUCGUGGGGAGGGGAAGCUUUCUCUGCCCUGGCUUUUGAACAAGGAGUUGGGAUGCAUAAACUCACCCCUGCAAAUUGAUGACAAUUUCUGUGGUCAGGAUUUUAACCAGCCAUUGGGUGGAACAGUCACCAUUGAAGGUGUGCCGCUCUUUGUGGACAAGGAAGAUGGCAUGACAUCAGUGGCUGCGUAUGACUACCGUGGGCACACCGUGGUCUUUGCUGGGACACGGAGAGGCAGGAUUAAAAAGAUCCUUGUGGACCCUGCCAAUCCCAUUGGACGUUCAGCAUUGCAGUAUGAGAAUGUCAUAGCACAUGAUGGCAGCUCCAUCUUGCGGGACUUAGUGCUCAGCCCUGAUCUCCAGUACCUCUAUGCUAUGACUGAGAAACAGGUGACCCGUGUGCCAGUGGAGAGUUGUGAGCAAUAUACAACCUGUGCGCUAUGUCUGGGCUCUAGGGACCCUCACUGUGGCUGGUGUGUCCUGCACAACAUCUGCUCACGGAAGGACCGAUGUGAAAGAGCUGAUGAACCUCAGCGCUUUGCUUCAGAUCUACGCCAGUGCGUCCAGCUCACCAUCCAGCCCAAGAACAUAUCGGUCACCAUGUCAGAAGUCCCGCUGGUUCUGCAGGCCCGGAAUGUCCCUGAUCUCUCUGCUGGUGUGAACUGCUCAUUUGAAGAUUUUACAGAGUCUGAAAGUCGCAUUGAAGAUGGCAAGAUCUACUGUAGUUCUCCUUCUGCAAAAGAUGUCAUCCCUAUUACCAGAGGGCGAGGCGACAAGCGAGUGGUAAAGCUCUACCUCAAAUCCAAGGAGACUGGGAAGAAGUUUGCAGCUGUGGAUUUUGUCUUUUACAACUGCAGUGUUCACCAAUCUUGCCUGUCCUGUGUGAAUGGAUUCUUCCCUUGCCAUUGGUGUAAAUAUCGUCAUAUUUGUACCCACAAUGCCGCUGACUGUUCCUUUCUGGAAGGGCGUGUCAACAUGUCUGAGGACUGCCCGCAGAUCCUUCCAUCUACCCAGAUAUAUAUCCCUGUGGGUGUGGUGAAGCCCAUCACUUUGACUGCCAAAAACCUGCCACAGCCACAGUCUGGACAGCGCAAUUACGAGUGCAUCUUCCAUAUCCCUGGCACAUCCCAGCGUGUUACUGCCCUGCGCUUUAACAGCACCAGCAUCCAGUGCCAAAACACUUCGUAUUCCUAUGAAGGGAAUGGCAUCAGUGACCUCCCAGUGAACCUUUCUGUGGUAUGGAAUGGGAACUUCAUCAUUGACAAUCCCCAGAACAUCCAGGCUCACCUAUACAAGUGCUCAGCUCUGCGCGAAAGCUGUGGGCUGUGCCUCAAGGCAGAUCCACGCUUCGAGUGUGGCUGGUGUGUGUCAGAAAAGCGAUGUUCCCUGCGCCAACAUUGCCCAGCCUCUGAGAGCAGCUGGAUGCAUGCCAGCAAUGGCAAUAGCCGCUGUGCGGACCCCAAAAUCAUUAAGCUGACACCUGAAACAGGCCCCCGGCAGGGCGGUACUCGCUUAACCAUCACUGGAGAGAACCUCGGCCUGAAGUUUGAGGAUGUACGCUUGGGUGUGUGGGUUGGCAAAGUGACGUGCAUGCCCAUCGAGAGUGAAUACAUCAGUGCUGAGCAGAUCGUCUGUGAGAUUGGAGAAGCCAGCCCAAGCAAAAUCCAAGAGGCCCCUGUGGAAGUUUGUGUCAGGGACUGCUCCCCCAGCUACAAGGCUAUAUCCCCGAAAAGCUUCACCUUUGUGACUCCCACUUUCUCGCAAGUGUCACCAGCUCGGGGCCCUGUCUCUGGGGGCACCUGGAUCAGCAUAAAAGGAAAGCACCUUGAUGCAGGAAGUGACAUCACAGUAACCAUUGGAGGGCAACAGUGCGCCUUUCCAAGGAGAAAUGCUGUUGAAAUCCGGUGCAGGACACCACCUGGCCAAAGCUCAGGAGAGUCUCCCAUCCUCAUCCAUAUAAACCGGGCUAUACUUAGCAGCCCUGAGGUGGCAUAUUUCUAUACAGAUGACCCCACCAUUCAGAAGAUAGACCCCGAAUGGAGCAUCAACAGUGGUGGUACAUUGUUGACUGUGACAGGCACCAAUCUGGCCACUAUCAAAGAACCCAGGAUCCGAGCCAAGUAUGGCUCUGCUGAGAGUGAGAAUAACUGCACAGUCUACAACGACACCACCAUGGUGUGCUAUGCUCCCUCCAUUGACAACCCAGUCCGGAGUCCUCCAGAGUUUGGUGAUCGCCCAGAUGAAAUUGGUUUUGUCAUGGAUAAUGUCCAGGCCUUGCUGAUCAUCAACAAAACCAGCUUUGUCUAUUACCCAGACCCUGUGUUUGAGUCUCUCCCCUCUGGAAUGCUGGAGCUCAAGCCAAGCUCUCCACUCAUCCUCAAGGGCCGCAACCUGCUUCCUCCAGCACCUGGAAAUUCCCGGCUAAACUACACAGUGCUAAUUGGCGACACUCCCUGUGCUCUUACGGUUUCUGAGACCCAGCUUCUCUGCGAGUCACCCAAUCUCACAGGACAGCACAAAGUGACGAUCAAGGCUGGGGGCUUUGAAUUCUCCCCAGGGAUGCUGCAGAUCUAUUCAGACAACUUGUUGACCCUGCCAGCCAUUAUUGGAAUUGGUGGGGGUGGGGGUCUUCUCUUACUCAUCAUCAUCAUCGUCCUCAUUGCAUACAAGCGGAAAUCCCGAGAUGCUGACCGCACCCUCAAACGUCUACAGCUGCAGAUGGACAACUUGGAAUCCCGCGUGGCCUUGGAGUGCAAGGAAGCUUUUGCCGAGCUGCAGACAGACAUCCAUGAGCUGACCAAUGACUUGGACGGAGCCGGCAUCCCCUUCUUGGAUUAUCGCACCUAUGCCAUGAGGGUCCUCUUCCCGGGAAUAGAAGACCACCCUGUGCUGAAGGAAAUGGAGGUCCAGGCAAACGUGGAGAAGUCUUUGACCCUCUUUGGACAGCUCUUGAACAAGAAGCACUUCCUGUUGACCUUCAUUCGCACUUUGGAGGCACAGCGCAGCUUCUCCAUGAGGGAUCGGGGCAACGUGGCCUCUUUAAUCAUGACAGCGCUGCAGGGCGAGAUGGAGUAUGCCACUGGGGUGCUCAAGCAGCUUCUCUCAGACUUGAUCGAAAAGAACUUGGAGAGCAAGAACCAUCCAAAACUGCUCUUGAGGAGGACUGAGUCGGUGGCUGAAAAAAUGCUGACAAAUUGGUUCACGUUCCUUCUGUACAAGUUCUUAAAGGAGUGUGCAGGUGAACCUCUGUUCAUGCUUUACUGUGCCAUCAAACAGCAGAUGGAGAAGGGACCCAUUGAUGCUAUCACUGGAGAGGCUCGCUACUCCUUAAGUGAAGACAAGCUUAUCCGUCAACAAAUUGACUACAAAAUGCUGACGCUGAACUGUGUGAACCCUGAGAAUGAAAAUGCUCCCGAGAUCCCGGUCAAGGUUCUAAACUGUGACACCAUCACACAAGUGAAGGAGAAGCUUUUGGAUGCUGUGUAUAAAGGAGUCCCUUAUUCACAGAGACCUAAAGCAGGGGACAUGGACCUGGUGAGCACGAUCCCCAGUGACCCCAUGCCCUUCUCUUCCAUCGGUGCAGAGUGGCGGCAGGGCAGGAUGGCUCGGAUAAUACUGCAAGAUGAAGAUGUCACGACAAAGAUUGACAAUGACUGGAAAAGGCUCAACACUCUCGCCCAUUACCAGGUGACAGAUGGUUCCUCUGUGGCCCUGGUGCCCAAGCAGAAUUCAGCUUACAACAUUUCCAACUCCUCCACCUUCACCAAAUCACUCAGCAGAUAUGAGAGUAUGCUCCGGACAGCCAGCAGCCCUGACAGCCUCCGUUCCCGGACCCCCAUGAUCACUCCUGACCUGGAGAGCGGCACCAAGCUGUGGCACCUGGUGAAGAAUCACGAUCACAUGGACCAGCGAGAAGGUGACCGUGGCAGCAAGAUGGUCUCAGAAAUCUACUUGACCCGCCUGCUAGCCACCAAGGGAACCUUGCAGAAGUUUGUUGACGACCUCUUUGAGACCAUAUUCAGCACCGCCCACCGAGGGAGUGCCUUGCCUCUCGCCAUCAAGUACAUGUUUGAUUUCCUGGACGAACAAGCUGAUAAGCACCAGAUCAAUGACUACGAUGUCAGGCACACUUGGAAGAGUAAUUGUCUACCUCUGCGCUUUUGGGUGAAUGUGAUUAAGAACCCCCAGUUUGUGUUUGACAUUCACAAGAACAGUAUUACUGAUGCCUGCCUAUCAGUGGUGGCUCAGACAUUCAUGGACUCCUGCUCAACUUCUGAGCACAAGCUAGGGAAAGACUCUCCCUCCAAUAAACUACUGUACGCCAAGGACAUCCCUAACUAUAAGAGCUGGGUAGAAAGAUAUUAUGCAGAUAUUGCUAAAAUGCCAGCAAUCAGCGACCAAGACAUGAGCGCCUACCUGGCAGAGCAGUCCCGGUUACACCUGAGCCAGUUCAACAGUAUGAGCGCACUGCAUGAGAUCUACUCAUAUAUCACCAAGUACAAGGAUGAGAUUUUAGCUGCUUUAGAGAAGGACGAACAGGCCCGAAGGCAACGGCUGCGGAGUAAGUUGGAGCAGGCAAUUGACACAAUGGCCCUAAGUAGCUGAAAAGGUCGAGAUGGUGCUGCAGACUUCCCUGGCAGUGGACUCUUAAGGGAGAGAGAGAGCGGCAAGUGAGUUGCGGCAGCAAGAAAGCAAUCAAGGAAUACAUUGGGGCCUGGCACCAAACAAUGCACAGAAUCUGCUGCGUCUCAGAACACUUUACACACAACAAACAGCAAAACAACAACAACGUAAGACCGCCGUUCUCAAAAGCAAACGGAGCCUAUCUUAAAGACCUUUUGGAAGGAGCGACGUAGCAAAGAACCUGAAGGACCCCAGGAGAUGUGCAAGGAGGGCCAGUGAGACAAAUCCCUGCUCAGCUGCCACUGCCUCCCUUCUCCGGCUCCCACCAAGGCCUGCUCCAGAUUUGGCAUGGAAGGUUGGGGACUGCACUAACGUCUAGGACAACCUUUUUACAUUAUGGUUUUUCCCCCCAUGGCAGGCGGUUUGGUAGUCUUAUAAUUCCCUGCCCCUUCUCCCUGUACUUCCUUCCUUUCCCGCCUGGACAGCUCCACUCUCUACCUUCUCUUCCAUACUCUCUGGCCUUCUUCCUCUAGUGUUAACUGCUAUAUUUGCACAAUUUCCACAAGCUAGGUUUUGUUUUUGUUUUGUUUUUGAAAAAGAUUUAAAAUAUAUGAGUGUGGGGAGGUUCUAAAUUUUAAACAAAACAUUGCAGGAUAUUUUUUUUAAAUUUUUGUUUCAACAAAAAGAAAGGAGCAUUGCUUGCUUGGGAUAGAAGUGGGGGUGCGUGGAGUCCAAGAGAAGAGCCCCUCUAUCUUUGAUUCUUCCUACACUUUGUCCUGUGCCAUAUUUUAUUUUAAUAACAUUUAGCACAGGCCAAAUUGAUGCUCUUGUUUUGAAUGCUGCUUACGCGGGUGCCGAAGGUUUAAGGUACCCAGAGGGCAAAGAACUUGCAAAAGGGAGGGUGGGCCAUGCAUGGCAAACCCCUGCAGAGAGAUCUUUCCACCUGUUUGUGGUGAAUUACUUUGUGGAAAGUGGCACACUUUUGAGAAAAGUCCCUGCUUUGCCUUUUUAUAGAUUAAGACAGGGCUAGCUGUUUGUAAGCGGAGUUUAGCAACUUUCAAAAGUUCUCAUUGCCCCACCCGCCCCAGAGUAGCCUGCCCCCAGCUGCCCUCAUCUGUACAUUUCCCACUCAUGGGGCAUUUAGACAGAGGGGUAUUGCCACUGCAUAGGCACAAUGAAUGGGGGUGGCUGUUUGAACCAACUCUCAGUAUUUCCCUCUUCCGUUGUAGAGGAAAGGCAUCUUAGUAAGAGAUGCAGUCAGACUUGGUAGGGUCUGGGUCAUGCAGGAAGCCUAGGAGUAGAUGCUUCUUCUGUGUUGUCUCCAUUUCUGGCAGAC